UAGACGCUCAGUUUACGUUUCGGCCGCGUCGCCUUCAGUUCUUCAGUGUUUCGUGUCCAGGCUGCACUUCAUUCGCGGAGGCGCCUGUGAUUGCAAGGGCAAAAACAGAAACAUAAUCAGAAAACAGAAACAGAGACAGGAUCGAAAAACCCAACUCAUUGUCAUUCAUAGCUUAGCAUAGUUGCUGUGUGAUUGUGUGUUGUGCGUGGAUACUGCCAGUGAGUGUGCGUGAGUGCGUAAACCAGAAGGCGUCCGUAGUUUUCCACAGGACAUAACACCAGCGAUUAGCGUCUAGCGAGAGCGGAAAGCCGUCAACAGGGCGCAACGCUUGAAGCACUUCCUCCGUAGCCACCACUGUCAUCUCCUGUUCCUGUUCCCGGACGACAGCUAUGAAGCACUCGCCGCUGAUUGCCAGCGCUUGUCUGGCGCUGGUGUUGAUGUCAUCCAGCCUGAUUGGCAGCUCGGAGGCCAGAAACAAGAAGAAGUACGUCGGCGAGACGGGCGGCGAUUUCGAGUUUAUCGAUGAGAUAAACAAAAACACGCAGAACAACAAGAAUCUGGGGGAGCACAAGCGCUGGAUACACGACCCCUCGAGUGACCUUUGCCGACCGCUGAACUGCAAGAAGCGUGAAAUUUGCCUGCUGGAGGACGAGUUCAGUGCCGUUUGCGUGUCGAAAAAGGAGCUACACAAGAAUCGUGAUGAGAUAAUCACCAAGGCCAAGUAUUUGGAGGAGGAGGCCAAGCGGCGUGUCAACCAGCAGGACAACCAGGACAGCCAGGACGCGGAGGAUAUCAACAACGACGAUGAGGACAACAGCAGUGAUGGUAGCAGCAGCAUUAGCAGUGGCAGCAGCAACGGCAACAACGCCAACCCCAAUGGCCCCAACAAUGCCCAGGCCAAUGUCCAGGGAAAUGAGGAGACCGACGACGAAGAUAAGAGCCUCAGCCUGGGUGACGACGAUGAGUCCAAGGAGGAUGAUGUCUUCUACGAGAACAGCAUUGCUGCAGGCGAUAAGCAGUCACAGCAGCAAUCUCAACCUCCAGCAGCACCCUCCGUAAUUCAGCAGGACGAUGACGAAGAGUUGGACAACUGCAAGCCGUGUCCUGUGGCCAAGCCAACAUUCCUGUGCGGUGCCGACAACAGGACCUACUCAUCACUAUGCAGAUUGGAUUAUCACAAUUGCAUACAUUCGACGUCCAUACGGAUCGCCUGCAAAGGAUUCUGUCCCUGCAAGGAGAAUGUCGAUGGCAAGCGGUUGCAGCGCAUUUCCGGAUAUAACAAAUACAACAAGAAGAUCAGCCUGGACCAGCAGCAGCAGCAACAACAACAGCAGGCCUACAAGGACAGCAACAACAAUAACAUCAUGAUGAACAGCGGCAAUAUUAUGGGUGGCAACAACAAUGACUUCAAUACGAUCAUGAAUGACAAAGAGGACAAUAACCGGCACAACAAUCACAUCAAUGCCCAGUACACUUUCACGCCCGAGGAGAUCAAAUAUGACAACAAGCACUACAAGUACCUCAAGUACACGGCCUACAAGAAGGAUUCCAAGUACCAGGAGGACAAGCACAAGAUGCGCAACUACAACGAGGUGGUGGAGAAGCAGCAGCAGAAGUUCAAUAAGAACAACAACUUGAAUGCCUACCCCUCCAAGUCGGCGGAAUGCAAGCCCCAGCAGCUGACGGCGAUUGGCAACAGACUGCUGGAUUGGUUCUCGGUGAUCAUGGCCGACAGCAAGAAGCGGCGGCAGCACAGCCAGAAGUCGAAGGCCCAUUUCCCGCCCGCCUGCAAGACGGAGGCCAAGUGGAUGUUUGGCCAUUUGGAUCUGAACAAUGAUGGCCAGCUGUCGCUGCAGGAGAUGUACGAUUUGGAGCACGACCAGAAUGAGCGAUGCAUCAAGCCUUUCAUCGAUACCUGCGACUUGGACACGGACAGCUCGAUUAACACCCGGGAGUGGUGUCGGUGCUUCGAGAAGACGGAUCGUCCAUGUGCCGCUGUUCGCCGGAGAAUCGCCGGCGACUUUGCAGGUGAGAUAGGCGCCUACGCACCGGACUGCGACAUCCAGGGAUUCUACAAGCCCACCCAGUGCCACAAUUCGGUGGGAGUUUGCUGGUGCGUGGACAAGCACGGAGUCGAGUUCGCCAACACACGCACACGCGGCAAACCCAACUGCGAGUCCGUGGUUAAUAACGCCGCAUCGCUCACAUCCGACGACGAAGACGAGGGCGCCGAUGACGAGGACAGCGCGGAGGGCAGCGCCGAUCAGAUGCUGGUCUUCUAAGCGACUAAGCGGCUCCAUCAGCUUGGCCAAACGAUAGCCCAGGGCCCUGGCGCAACCAAUCAGCGUGCUAGCGUUAUAACAGAAAAUUAAUAUUAUUAUUAUUAUGAUUGCAAACAAAAUCGAGAAAGUGAAAGUAAAAGCAAACGCAGCAGCGAACAAAAAAAGAAAAACCGUAAAAAAAUCCCAAACCCAAAAAACAGAAACAUAAAUGUGCAGUAGCCAAGUAAGCGUUUUUGAAUAGAACUACGAAUAGCAAACAGCAGAAGCAGCAAAAACACACACACACACACACAUACACACUCCACUCCCCAUCAAGGAUAACUAACAAGGAAGCCACGAGGAACAGGAGGGCGCAACCAAAGAGAAACUGUAGCAUAGUUGAAGGCGCAUCGCACGCAAAUUGGCAAAUCGCUGAUGCCAACAGUAGAAAGAAAAACCACACACAUUCAACCCAUCCAAUGGCUCAAGUUGCUUUUUUUCCCUUCUUAUUCAGUCAAUCAGCACAGUCCUGUCAGCCACGAUUUCAGCCUUUGUUAUCACUGUUGUUUGCACGGAUGGGUGACCUCAGUUAUGACCAGUUAUCCGUCUACAUUUUAGCCUUUUGCAGCAGCAUUAGAUCCUCUCAUACACACAUAUGUCCUCCUCUGCUUUCGCGCAAGCAAAACACGACACACGCUAAGAAUUCCGCCCAAAAAAAAAAAAAAUAUAUAAACAUUUAUGUGAUAAGUUUUUGAAAUAAAUGAGAAGACGAACGAAUGGAGAAGGCAACUAACCAUCGGCAGAGGCUAGCGAUUCCAGGGCCCUCAGGAUCAAAGGAUCAAAGGAUCAAGAGAUCAUAGUAUCGCAGUAUCCAUAGAUGAAGACAAAGGAACGUGUGGCCAAAACGGAAGAAAGAAGAUGUUUUUUGUGGGAGAGGCGAACUCAUAGUUGCAUAUGUACGAAACAUAAUCGCGUUCAUUUAGUGUUACUUACCAGAUAUAUAGUGAGAGAUCCGGCGCUUGCAAGGCUUUGUUAGGAGGCUAAACGUCGUUUGUAUCAGCACCUGCCAGGGCAAAACUCAGCACCUGCUUUUAUGUAAACCGAUUGUCAGUAAUAAUAUAACAACAACCUCACACACAUACAAUACCCACUCUCCAUGCAAGCACUCCAGUACAUUUUUGGGCAUCAAAAAUCAGCAGGAGAAGCAUUGAACAGUUUCGAACACACUCGUAGGACAUACGACAUUAACGUUAAUGUAAGGAAAGGACUCGGCAAGAGAUUCGAUAAAUGGCAAUUCGCUUAUACAUGCAUAUAUAAAUAAAUAUAUAAUAUGUUUAACGUGUAAGUAUAUAAGAGGCAUAAUUAAGUGGCAGCAAAUAGCAGAUCGUCAAACCGUAGCUCAUUCCAAAAGAAUAUUUUUUUUUAUUAUUAAUUCCGCCCUUUGAUAUUUUCCAGUCGAGAAUAAAUGCAAAAUUAAAUUGGAAUUUUAACACAAUUUUUGAGCGAGAUGAAGAAUAAAAUUAAAAAUGCUUGCAAAAUGACGAAAUUAUAUAGCCAAUUGUAGUAAACAAAACCAAUGCAUAUAAAUAAACCUUUUAAUUAUAGCAAAAAUUUAUAACCAACAAAGAACAUUAAUAACAAUCAUUUGCGAUCGAGCGAAGAGUGGAGAGAAAUCUAUCUGUUUUCGGCUGCAUUUAAAGCAAAGAGCAAGAGUAAAAACAAAAACAAAUAUAACUGACUAUGUACUACGAUUACGAUUGUAUUUAUGUAUGUAUUUACGAACUUGUGUAUUAUUAUUAUGCAAACUGCAUUAAUUCUAGGGAGCCAAAGGUUGGCAGCCAUCACAGAAAUCGAAAAGAAAACCCCUUUUAGUACAGACCUUUGGCACUACAACUUUUUGGCUAAAUCUCUCCUUUAACCGAAUAUCAUUUGUCUGCAUUUCCAAUUGAUUUUUGUUUUUCUACCUCUCAUAUAUACCAAUUUGCCAUAGAAUCAACUACGUACGUAAUGCAUUUUGAAAACAUUUAAAAGAAUAAAAAAUCAUUUACUUGAAUCGAUAGCACAGGUUUUCGUUUCUACUAACUACGAUUCGUUUAUAUAUGAAAUGAUGAAAUCAAUAAAUAUUAUUUAAUGCA